AACCUGCGCGAGACAGGAAACGGCGCGCGCUGGGCUCGCGAACAGGGGGGGGAGACGCUUCACUUGUGGCGACUAUGGAAACUAAUUGGAGAAAGCGGUAGAAAUGAACGCGAAGGAGAGACUUUUGAGAAAGCAGCGAAGGAAAUAGGUGCCAUGAACACGGCCGGGAAACACAGUGGUUGAUAUGAGUGAGAAACUCAGACGUCCGAGUCGCAGUGUGUUGAUUAGAGAAGUGCUCAAAGUUGUGGGGAUUAGCGUCGCGGCGGGAGACUGACUGCUCUUUUAAUAUGGCGCAGAUUUGCGGCUGUUAGUUCACGUUUUGGACACACAGCCUCCGCCUCGAACGAAGGCAGGCGGCGCAGAGAUCGAAGUGUUCCGAUAUCUGUCGUCCAUUUAAAUUUCCCUCUCUUUUUUUUUUUUCGUCCGAAGCCGAAGGGCGAGGGGAAUCUGAGUUCUCACUGUGAGUGAGGCUGAGGGCGCCGAGCUGCGGCCUCCGGCUCCUAACAUACUACUCAGUCACGCACAGAGACUCUGUGUCAGUGUGUCUUGUGUCUGUCUCUGUGUUUCGCAUAUUUUGUGCCUCGUUAGCAGCGGGAACCUUUAACUGCUACUUAAGUGAACUACUGAAGGGGGGCAAAAUGGAUCCUGGAAACGGAGCAUCUGCCCCGGCGGCGACGAAAAGCGGCAAAGAGAAGAAACCAAAGAAAAGCCUGGAGGACGGAGACGCCGGCAAAAAGAAAUUCACUCUCAAACGGCUGUUCCCAGAUGAGCUGGAGAGAUUCACCAGCAUGCGGAUGAAGAAGGAGAAGGACAAGCCAGUCCCUCCUGGCCAACGGCACUCCUUGGCCACCCACUAUGAGGUGCCUGCUCAGGCAACCAUGCUGCAUGACCACACUGAUGAGUAUGUGCUGGAGCUCUUUGAGCAGAUGCUGGUGGACAUGAACCUGAAUGAAGAGAAGCAGCAACCUCUUCGAGAAAAGGACAUUGCCAUCAAGAGAGAGAUGGUCUCCCAGUAUCUUCAUACCUCAAAAGCUGGUCAGAACCAGAAGGAGAGCUCCAAGUCUGCUGUGAUGUACAUUCAAGAGCUGAAGACAGAGCUGAGAGACACCCAAUUACUGAGCUGUCUGGAGUCCCUCAGAGUGUCGCUAAGCAACAAUCCUGUGAGCUGGGUCCAGACUUUUGGUGACGAAGGCCUUGCGCUGCUGCUCAAUUUCCUUAGGAAGCUACAGGAUGAGAAAGAUGAAACUGCCAAUAAGUGUCAGCAUGAGAUCAUCCGCUGCUUGAAGGCUUUCAUGAAUAACAAGCACGGUCUAAAAGCCAUGCUCAUGUCACCUGAUGGGAUCCCCCUGCUGGUGAGGGCUGUCAACCCCAGGCUCCCACAUAUGAUGGUGGAUGCUGUCAAGCUGCUGUCAGCUAUAUGUAUCCUGGAUCACCCAGACAACCUACAAGACCGUGUCCUUGAGGCCAUCACAGAGCAUGCAGAAGAGCAGGAGGUGGAACGGUUCCAGUCACUGCUUUCAGGGAUGCGCAAGACCAAUGUGGCCCUCAAGGCUGGCUGCAUGCAGUUAAUCAAUGCCUUAAUAAGUCAAGGGGAGGAGCUGGACUUCAGGAUUCACAUUCGCUCAGAACUCAUGAGAUUGGGCCUAAGAGAAAUCCUCAAGGAAGUGCGGACCAUUGAGAACGAGGAGUUGAAAGUGCAGUUGAAUGUCUUUGAUGACCAAGCAGAGGAUGACUCUGAGGAACUUAAAGUCCGCCUAGAUGAUGUGCGGAUUGAGAUGGACGACAUGAACGAUGUCUUCCAGAUUCUAAUGAACACUGUAAAAGACUCCAAAGCAGAGACACACUUCCUGUCUCUUCUGCAGCACCUGCUACUCAUUCGUAAUGACUACCAGGCUAGGCCACAGUACUACAAGCUGAUUGAUGAGUGCAUUGCCCAGAUUGUGCUGCACAAGAAUGGCUGUGACCCUGACUUCAAAUGUAGGAGCCUUCAUCUGGACAUUGAAGGGUUAAUUGAUAACAUGGUGAAUCAGACCAAAGUAGAGACCAGUGAAGCGAAGGCCCUGGAGCUGGAGAAAAAGCUGGACUUGGAGCUGACAGCACGCCAUGAGCUGCAGGUGGGGAUGAAGAAGAUGGAGAGUGACUAUGAGCAGCGAGUGCUGGACCUGAGUGCAGAGAAGGACCAGCUGGGCACAGAGAAGGUGGAGAAGGAGAAGGAAAACCAGAAGCUCCUGGAUGAAGUCAACAUACUGAAAGAGCAGAUAAAGAAGCUCUCCCAGGACCUGGAGGAUGCCAAGACCAAAGUUGUCACUGUGCCUGUGCCCCCUCCUCCGCCUCCACUGCCUGGACAGGUUUGUAUACCUCCUCCACCUCCACUCCCUGGGCAAGCUGGGAUACCUCCUCCGCCUCCGUUGCCUGGUCAAGCUGGGAUACCUCCUCCGCCUCCGUUGCCUGGUCAAGCUGGGAUACCUCCUCCGCCUCCGCUGCCUGGGCAGGCUGGGAUACCUCCUCCGCCUCCGCUGCCUGGGCAGGCUGGGAUACCUCCUCCGCCUCCGCUGCCUGGGCAAGCUAGGAUACCUCCUCCGCCUCCAUUACCUGGGCAAGCCGGGAUACCUCCUCCGCCUCCAUUACCUGGGCAAGCUGGGAUUCCUCCUCCGCCUCCACUACCUGGGCAAGCUGGGAUUCCUCCUCCACCCCCACUGGCUCCAGGAAUGCCACCCCCACCUCCCAUGAUGGGUGGAUGGACUGCUCCAGCAGUACCAGUGCUACCCUUUGGCCUUACCCCCAAGAAGGCCUACAAGCCAGAAGUGCAGCUGAAGAGGGCAAACUGGACCAAGAUUGGACCUGAGGACUUAUCAGAGGACAGUUUCUGGAUCAAGGCAAAGGAGGAGCACUUUGAGAACAACGAACUCUUUGCCAAACUCACCCUAACCUUCUCUUCACAAACUAAGACUUCCAAAGCCAAAAAAGACCAGGAUGGAUCAGAUGACAAGAAGGCAACACAGAAAAAGAAAGUGAAGGAGCUCAAGGUCCUUGAUUCAAAGUCCUCACAGAAUCUCUCCAUUUUCCUGGGUUCUUUCCGCUUGCCUUAUGAGGAGAUAAAGAAUGUCAUCCUGGAAGUGAAUGAGAAGGUGCUCACAGAGAACAUGGUCCAGAACCUGCUGAAGCAGUUGCCUGAAGCAGAACAGCUGAACGUUCUGGCGGAGUUGAAGGAUGAGUACGACGAUCUGACAGAGUCUGAGCAGUUUGGGGUGGUGAUAAGCUCCGUGAAGCGGCUGAAGCCCCGACUCAGUGCUAUCCUGUUCAAGCUGCAGUUUGAGGAGCAAAUAAACAACAUUAAGCCAGAUGUGGUGUCAGUAACUGCUGCAUGUGAGGAGAUGAAGAACAGCGAGAACUUGGCCAAACUGCUGCAGAUCAUCCUUUUGGUGGGGAACUACAUGAAUGCAGGUUCCCGCAAUGCCGGAGCCUUUGGCUUCAGCAUCAGCUACCUAUGCAAGUUGCGUGAUACCAAGUCCACAGAUCAGAAAAUGACACUGCUACACUUCAUAGCUGAUGUGUGUCAGGAGCAACACCCUGAAGUUAUGCACUUCAUAGAGGAGCUUAUCCAUGUGGAUAAAGCCAGUCGAGUGUCAGCCGAGACUUUACAGAAGAACAUAGAUCAGAUGGGCAAGCAGAUCAAGAGCCUGGAGAAAGACAUUGAGACCUUCCCUCCUCCUCAGAGUGAAAAUGACCUCUUUGUGGAAAAGAUGACCAGCUUUCUAACCAGCGCACGGGAGCAAUAUGAGAAGUUGGAUCUUAUGCAUCAGAACAUGGUCAAACAGUAUGAGGAUCUUGGCAAGUUCUUUGUGUUUGAUCCCAAGAAGGUGUCCAUUGAAGAGUUCUAUAGCGACCUUAGCAACUUCCGCAACAUGUUCCAGCAAGCGGUUAUGGAGAACCAGAAGAGAAGGGAGGCUGAGGAGAAGAUACGACGUGCCAAGUUGGCCAAGGAGAAGGCUGAGAAGGAGAAAGAGGAGAAGAAGCGAAGUCAGCUCCUUGACAUCAAUGCAGAUGGAGAUGAGACAGGAAUCAUGGAUGGCCUGUUGGAAGCACUGCAAUCUGGAGCAGCCUUCAGGAGGAAGAGGGGUCCCCGGCAAGCGGGCAACCGCAGAGCUGGUAACGCUGUGACAUCUAUUCUGGCCAAAGAGCUGAUGCAGGAUGAUGUCUCAACCCAACUAAAGAAGAGCAAGAAAGAGACAAAGGAGACCCCAGCAGAGUCGGAGUCAUUGGAGGAUCUGCUAGAGGUUGCCCCAUCCCGAGCCAGUUAGAAGAUCACACCCACCCUGCCUGACAGACUACAGGAGUGCAUGGGCAGGAGGAGGACAACUUUUUGGCAUUCCUUUGGACAUCUUCCUUCCUGGACCACUUGUCGUGUAUACUGUUUUUCACAUUUAACCCCUACGUGCCCCAUAUUUGUCUGUG